AUGGCUUUACUAAUCCGACGAAGCGCUACAUUAAGCGUUCCACCAUCAUCAAGUAAAGCACUUUAUUGCCAGACUGGAAGCUCAUCGGAAAUGGUAUGUACGAGGUACGAUAUCGAGCGUUAUUCGAACGACGUCGACGACGAAAACGAUGAAGACUGCGACUUCAUCGCUAGGAAAUCUAUUCAGUCGAUUUUAACGAUUGAGCCUAAAAUGAAUAUUUAUACUCUGUUACUGUAUUGUUGUUCCGCAAAUGUGAAAUGGGUCCCAGAUUUAACCAAGACGGUGAAGUUUUUCAUUUCCAACAGUCAACAGCAGGAACUCGUUCCAAUACCAAACGAUGAUGCCGAUGUUUUCGACCAAUAUGGGUGCACACCAAGAGACAAAUUUGCAAUCAUAGUACACAGCUGGACGGAAAGCUCAGAAACACCUUGGGUUCUGCCUAUGUUGUGGUACUUUUCAGCUUAUCGUCGAGGUUGCAUCAUGGUGAUGCUUCCCAAUUUUGAUCGAUUAACUAAUGCUUUGGUCACAUUCAUUCGUCGAUUACUGUCACUUGGCUUUGAAUCCAAUCGUGGAUUCUUGUUUGGGUUCAGCUACGGAGCACAAAUGGUGCUGGAAGCUGGUCGACGUUUGGGAGAUCAGAAACUCGCGAGAAUUGAUGUUUGUGAACCAGCUGGUGCAGGAUUCGAUGGCAAUUUGACAUAUAACAGCCUGGAUAUGAAAAGCGCUGCCAAUGCUGUUCAGUGUAUCUUUACCAGUCUUAUAAGUAGCACGGUUAAUCGUACCAGUUGUCACAUCAACUGGCACAUGGGAACGUGUGGCUUCAAUCAACCGGCGGAAAAAAAUUAUUUUGAAUUGGGAUCCCACGGACUGUGUCCCUAUUUUUAUAACAGUGCAUUCGAUAACCCUUUCGUUGCGAUGAAGCGGCCGCAUUAUUGUCCUGAAUGGAAACGGGACGUUUCUUGGCCCAAGAAUUUCAUGAUGGGAUACCAUUGCGAUGUCACCAGCGGAGUGACUGGAGACUUUUAUUCAAAAACGACUAAAGACUACCCUUAUGUGUGAACAAAUAGUAUGAUUAUUCAAAUAUAAACA